AUUUCCGGCAUGGCGACUUCGAAAGCCUUGGGCGACCAACUGCUCACCAUCUCCUCACUCGCAGAGACCAUGACAGACCAGACAACGAAAGACCGGAUGAUCGAGUCCUGUAUGGAGUCUGCCAAGAAGCAGAUUUCGGGUCUCCGGCUCACGGAUUCAGCAGAAGUCCAGACACUGUUCGCUACGGCGCAGUCCUUGAACUUCAGCGACAGUCAGAAAGACGAGCUGAUGCGGCAGAUCGGUGAUCGUUUCGUGGCAUGCAGCACACCCAAAUCACAGGGCAGCAAGAAGUGCAUGCAGACCAUGGACGACCCGGGAAGUUUCCUCCGGGCCUCGGAUGUGACCUUCAUCUCGAACCCAGACCACACCAUUAAGGCCAAGGCAAGUCGGAUGGCCAUGAUGUUUUGCAGCAUCAACUGCAGCUGCCCGACGGAGCCUACUUCGGGCCGAGCUGUGGGAGUGCUCAAGAACGACUUUGGCCUCAAGGAACUCGAGGACCCUCAAGUGUUUUACAACACAGUUCAGGAUUUCAAAGCAGCCUUGAAGUCGCACUUCAAGUCCAAUCCCAGUGGGUCGACGAGCCAUGUGCACAACUUCACGACACCGGCAGAUCUACCCUCCGAUGUGUAUACGAGAGCAUAUGGUGAGGAAGGGCCGUCCGGACAUGCCGGCCUGGGUGGCUCCAUCGGUCCAGUUCGAAAGUCUUCUGCGAUGUUGAAGAGCCAGAACAACCAGAAGGUUCCUACUCUAGACCUUCAGGUGCCUUCGCAGAACAACAUGGCGAAUAUGAUGAUGCAAGGGUUCCAGAGCAUGCAGCACAUGUUCAAUGUCUUCGCAGGUGCACAGCAGGCUGGCAUGUCCGGCCAGCAGAACAUCUUCAUGAACAACACCAAGACGAACCCGCCGAAGCAAAUUCUCGCACUCACGAAUGGACCCGAUGCAGCAUCGAGUCCAGCACGUGCAGAGCCGGAGCAAGCUCAGCCGCCUAUGACUCCGGAAGAGCAGGUGAACACCAUGCUCUCCAGCUGGAAGAAUCGUCAAGAGGAGAACAAAGCCGAGGAUGGCAAGGCUGGUGAUCCGGAGGGUGGCAGCGAGAAGGCCGAGGCGAAGGGCCAUCAGGAUGUGCAAAGUGCCGAUGGAAGCGAGGCUGCUGCCCUAGACCAAUUCCUGCACAGCUUGGGCAUUGCCCGAAUCAUGACAUCCAGCUCCAGCUCCAAACCUUUGGCAAGCCUGGGGAGGAAGGUGUUUGUAUCACAACGAGGUCUGGAAUCCGUGCUCAGCGAUUUGAAGAAGACCGGUUUCCUCGCCGACGAUUUUGCUACCACCUCGCGAGCCUCGAUUAAGCGAGCGAGGGAUGGUGAAGAGAAGUCGUGGGAGAAUGCCUUUGGGCAGAUGAUCAUUAACAUGGACAUCCCACAUGAGAGCGAUGACAAGAAAUUUGUUAGGGUUCCCUUCGUGCCACCUGUUGUGCUGCUGCAGCACUGCAUCGCCAACGAGCAUUACCAUGGACUGCUCAAAAAGUGUGGCCAGUCCAGCCCUGGAGACAAGCUGGGCAUCGCUAUAUAUGCUGACGAAGUUAGUCCCGGCAAUCAGCUAAAACCGCUGAAUGCCAGGAAACUACAAGUCAUCUACUGGUCCAUCGUCCAGCACGGGCAAGAUCUGGCCUCGGAGUGGCUUUGGUUCCCUUUGUGUAUACUGAGAAGCACUCUUUGCAAUCGGAUCGGCGGCCUCACUGUGCUUUGGAAACAUGCCAUCCAGCACAUGUUCAUGGAUCAUGACAUGAGGCAUGGUGUGGUGCUGCAGACAUCCACCACAGCAUUUCCCGUCUUUGCCGACCUCUCUGUUCUUAUAGCGGACGAGGCAGCCCUGAAACAAACAGCUGAAAGCAAAGGUGCCUCGGGCACAGUGUUUUGUAUGAGAUGUGCGAAUGUUGUUGCCCACCGAAGCGGGCUACAGGACCAUGGCGAUGUUCUCUCGUCGACAUGCACUGACUUCACGAAGUUUCGCUUGCACACGAACCGGUCGGUCGGUGAAAUCAUGAGGUACCUCUCUUCCCAACAUGGCACGGUUUCCCAGAAGGACUUCCAAACAAUGGAAAAAGCUUUGGGCUACAACUACAUGCCGGGAGGCCUCUUGAUGUCGAAUGUAGGACACAACAUUCCGGAGAUGAUCAUGUUCGAUUGGUUCCACAUUUACUUGGUCCACGGUGUGGCCGGUAACGAGGUUGGGGUGUUGCUAGGCCGCCUCCGAGACAGUGGCUUUCCCGAGCAACAGAUACACGACUUCGUGCAAUCCUUCCAUUGGCCGGUGCAAUUCGCUGGCGCGGAUGCCAAGUCAGUUCUCGCCAAAAAGCGAGAGGACAAGACUGCCCCGGUGAAAGCAGAAGCCUCCGAGCUCCUUAAUUUCCUGCCGGUCCUGCAGUUGUUCCUUAUCCUCUUCGUCUGGAGGGAUGCUGACGACUCCCUGAAGAGUUGCUGA